UUUGCAGUUCUGAGCUCCUGCCAGACAGCGGGCGGACAGGCGGGAGAGCGCAGACUGCGAGCCGGACAAACACGGUGCAGACCCGGACAAAAAACAUGCCUGCACUCGAGACAUCGCUGAAGAUGACCCUGGUGUGCGUGAUCCUCUCUAGUCUAGUGCCCAGCCCGGCAGAGGCGUGGUACAAGCAGGCGACGGGACCCAGUUACUACUCGGUGGGGAGAGCCUCCGGACUCCUGUCCGGGAUCCGCCGCUCACCCUACGUCCGCAGGUCGGAGGCAAGCGAAGCGGCAGAGUCGGCGGAGAACAGCGUGAUGUCGGAGCAGGCUGUUCAAGGCAGAGCGACGAUGUUCGUCAAAAACAUGGCCGUGUGUGUGAAAGACAUCUCUCCCAGUCUGCAAACCUGCCAGCUUCUCCCAGACGGCCUCAACACUUUUCAGUGCAAGGCGGACGUUUUCCUUUCGCUGGACAGUCGGGAGUGUGCAAAUGUCUGAUCCGCCUCUCCACCAGGGCCACCAACUCCCCGAACCCCACCCGGCGCCGAACGUUUUUACUUUGAGGAUUCAGACGACCAACCCCAGAUAUCACCGUAAUUUCCAUCUUGACGUCCAGUCAAACUCUUAAGUUAAAAAAAACUUGUUUGUGACUGAGCGGUUGCUGAAUGUUUUUUUUAAUUGUCUAUAAGUAAACACCCCACGGUAUGUAUGCAGAAUCAUUGUAUAAAUGGUAUUAAUAUCUGUAAUGAAACAAAUUAUUAAAUUUCA